AUGUCCAACACACAGGUCGGACCAAUCUACGACUCCAUCAUCCAGGACGUCAUCAACGCCGUGCGCGUCGAUUUCGAGGAGAACGGUAUUGAUGAAACGGUGCUGGAGACCCUGAAGAAGACAUGGCAGCACAAGCUGUCGCAGCUGAACGUUGCCCAAUUCCCCUGGGAUCCCAAGCCAGAGCCGCCGCCGGCUCCGCCCGCUAACAACGGGCCCACCCAAGCGAGCAACGCUCCGGUACCCGCUGCGACUCCCACUUACACCCAGGCGACGCUGAAUCCUCAAGCCCCAAUCCAGACCCUCACUCUGCCCGGCAGCAGCAUCGUACAGAAUGCCAAUGGCGUCGCCAUCAAGCAAGAGCCGGGUAUCAAGAGCGAGCCUGGUGUCAAGCAGGAACCCGGCGUCAUCCAACACCCGCCCUUCCCUGCCAAUGCUGCUCCCCAGAUGGCCGCAGUUCGCGCCGCCCAGGCCCUUCAGAACCAAUACGGCGAGCGAGCCGCCGCUUCGAUCAACGCCAUUCACAGUGGGAUGGUCAAUCAGUUGAACGCUGCCCAGAGACAGCAGCAGAUGCAGCAGCAUCUCAACGGCCAGCAGCCGCAGCAGUACCGUCCUGGUAUGCCUUCCCCGAUGCAGCAGCAGCGUAUGCAGCAGCAUCCCCAACAGCAAGUGCCUCAUCCAGGUGGGCCGAACGGGCUGCCUGCUGCUCAGCAUGAUGGCGCUGCGGACGAGACGAACGAGGAGCAUUUGCCAUCGAUCAACGACCGUGAGGCAAUCGACCGGUACUUCCAUGCCCAGCUGCUUGCUCGGGCUAAAGAGCGUGAGGCUGGUGGUCUUAUGAUGCCGCUCAGUAAGAACAGCAAAAAUUCUGCUGCUCGCAGUAUCAGCAAGCGGCAAGCCGCUGGGAGCGAGUCUAGGGAGGGAGUUGGCAGUGCCCAGGUUGAUGGUCCUGAUGAUGACGAGUCAGACGCCGAUGCGAUCAACUCUGAUCUGGAUGAUCCCAAUGAGGGACUGGGUGAGGACAGUGAUGAUGAUGACUGCACCGGUCAUAUGAUGCUCUGCAUGUAUGACAAGGUGCAGCGCGUUAAGAAUAAGUGGAAGUGCAUUCUUAAGGACGGUGUGCUCACUGUCAACGGGAAGGAGUAUGUCUUCCACAAGGCUACGGGCGAGUAUGAGUGGUAA